AUGUCAAAACCAGAGCUAUAUGACCAAUAUAUGAUUACAACUCUUCCUCGUACUCCUGACUUGGAAUUAUCCGACAAAGUUGUAGUGUCAACGAUAAAAUCAAUCGACACAUCUAUUAUCGAUAUUGGGGUUUCAAAAUCAACCAUAUCCAGUCACAUCACCAAACCUACACCAAAAUUAUUAUGGUCUUAUUCAUUGAAUCCAACAACAAUAGUUGAAUGUAUGGAUGUAUUAGCUAAGGAAGACAAGAAAUAUUACGUUUGUGGUUUGAGUGAUAGAAAAAAGUUUAGGCUUUUAUUAGUUGAAACAACUCGUUCUAUCACUGAAGACGGGAACGCCAACUAUACCACAACUAAUGAAUUAGAAUUGAAAUUGGAUAGGAAACCUAUUGGAAUCAAGUUUAUGUCACCAGAGAUUAUUACAGUACUUUAUGUGAAUGGAUCAGUGGAAGAAGUUGGUUUUUCUGAAAACAUAUUACAAUUCAGUGGUGUCAAGUACACUGGUACCAAAAGCAAAGAUACUGUUGUCUACAGUGCGUUUGUUAACGAUUUGGAAGACAAUUUACUACUUACUGUAUCGACAAACUCAAAAAGUACAAUUUACAGAUUGAUAGCAAUCAACUCUAAAAACUCCAUACUCGAAGUCAACUCACACUCAGUUCCAGGAGUAUCUAAUACCAAGUUUUGCUACUUCACAGGGUCAUUAUACCAAUAUGCCAAUAAAGCAAUUGAAACGCUUCUGAUCACCAAUUUCAAAAUCACAAACACGGUUUCCGUGGAUGGUAUUAUAAACGAUGAAGAAAUCACGUCUAUUGUUGCCCCAGCACCGGAUCGUGUUUUGAUAGGUAAUUCCAAUAUGAUUUAUCUCAUAAAUGUUAAAUUCGCAUCGCUUUUGUCGUCAUUUAAAUCGUCAUCGAGCUCAUCUCAUCCUAUCCCAGAUAAAGUGUUUCUUAACCAAGUUGUCCCCGUCAAGGGGAAUUCAACAAACUCAUACAUAUCCAUGGCAGUUUAUCUCAACUUGAAAAAUAAAGACAACAAUGUAUACUUGAAUGUUAUUGAUAUAAAUGUUGGGAUGAACAAAUUGAGUGAAUGUUUAGGAAAAUCAUUGAAUAAACAGAAACCAGGUUUCCAUGAGAUCCCUGAAUUAUUCAAUAUUCAAGAUGCUUUACCAUCAAGUGAUGAAAUCCAAGAAGUUUAUCUGUAUUUGAAAGACGCGAAAGAGGCACAGGAUUUGAAUAAAUGGGAAUCCAUACUCAUUCCCUACUUGAAGAAUAAAAAGACAUGGGCCGAAAUCAAGAGCUUACUGAGAGCAUCCAAGAAAGAUAAAGUAUACGAAUUCAAGGAAUUCGAUGUCGACAAUGAUAGAGUUAUUGAUAUUGGGUUUAUUGAUUCUGUUUUACAGUUGAUUUUCACUGAGGACCCACUUGCUUUUGCCAACGAGCAGUUUGUUCCCGAAUAUACUUUGAUGUAUCUAUUGACCAACCCAUUAUUCCCUAUCCGAUUCACACUGGGAUUGAUUGAAUUGUUCAGUGUAACAGGAAAUACAACAUUGUUGAGACAGGCAAUAAACACAUGUCCUAACAUUCCAUGUCGCGACUUGUUGGACCAACUUGUGAAUGAAGAAAACAAGGAAACCUUGCUUGAUCUUAUUAAUAGAAUAAUUGGUGAAUUUUCUCGUAAGGAAAUCACAAAUACUUUUAAACAACUAAUUCAAGGCAAUGCCGUGGAUGUGGUUGAAUUGAUUUCCAAGUUAAUUGGCUUGCCAGGAAACAACAACUGGUAUUUGGUUGAAAUUUUGGUUGAUGUCAAUGGAUUGUUCAACUGGGAUAUGGGGGAUAUCAAAGCCUUGGAUGAAAUAAUUUCUCAAAAAGUAGAGGCAUUGACGGUGAAUAGUUAUAACUUGACUUUGUCUCAUCAAGUUUUGUUGCACAAUAAGAGAUUAUCCAAAAAGGCUAAGGAAAAGGGGUCUACUUCACAUUUGGAUAAUCUUUUGACAUUGACUAGCCACUCUACAAGUGCCAAGUUUGAUGAUACCCCAGAAGAAGCUAACUUAAAAGUUCCAGUCUAUUCAGUUGAAAGAGUUAACUUUUAG